UAUCCCUAAAAUUACUCUAAAAAUUCCCAAAGCCAACACCGAAUCAGUUUCGAAAGACGAACUGAAGCAACGAAUUUGGAAAGCGUAUCAUGAGCCAUGCGCCAGAAUUUAGGUGGAAAAUGGUUUUAAGAAGUACAUCUGUCUUAGAGACGUGAAUGAAGAUUGGAAGUUCCAAGAAUUUUUUUUCCCUUGGAAAAGAAUAUGUCAAAAAGACUUCCAUAAUCUUGACUCAUCAUUAUGAAUUCUCCCUCUUGUAAAAGGAAAAUUAAUGACUAUGAAGAAAAACCCAGUCCUUUAAGUUUGAACCAGAAGGAUGCCGUCCAUUGUCAAGGAUGUGUGUGCUGGAGCCUGAUGGAAAAUGGAGAAAUGACAAAUCAAAACCGCUUUCCAUCAACUCAUCAUGGAUUGGGACAUCAGUCUGAUGACGGAAGGAAGCAAUGCAUGCGAAACCUCUUCGGCCUUAAGAAUAAGAAUAAGAUCAUGACUCCCCAGGAGCAGUGCGAUUCAGAGCAGAUAGGGAAAAUCGAUAUGACGCCUUCAAAAUUCAUCAGAGGAACCAUGGAGCCCUUGGAUUAUGAUGGUGGUUCAGCAAGGUGGCACAGAAGUUGCAGCAUGAAAGAGGGUUUAAGUGAUAAUGGCUUCAGCUCUGAUGAUGACAUAGAUGUACAGGUCUACUCACAAGAUGAAGAUGAGGAUGAAGAUGAAAAGCCAGCCAUAGCAAAGGAGGAUGCCUUUUUCAGGUCUAGAUAUUGGAAUCAGGAAUUAAAGAAGACAAAGGCUGAUCAGUCUCCAAGACAAAAAGAGAUUGACCCCAUGAAAGGCACUGGCUUGUUAUCACCUCUGGGAAAAUUACUAACAGGGAAAUCUUUACCAGACUGUGACUUAGAUAACAAAAAUCUGUGUAAAAUUCAACAAAAAAACAUGACUUAUAAUCAUGACCAAUUGUUGAAACAAAACUUCAAUUCAGGCCCAAGCCAAAAUAUUGGUAAAAAUAAUGAGGAUAUAUGUUUGGCAUUUCCAAAAGACGGUACAGCACAGAGGAAGAAAUUCAGUUUAUAUCAGUGCAAAGACGUGGAAAAGAUUCACAAAUCAGUAAGUGAUCAAACAGAACAGAUCAUUAAGCAUCAGUGCAAAGAUGCUUCCUUUUUCUGCAGCUUUAAGACCAUUACUCAGAAUAGGUUCAACCCCAACAAAGUGUAUGAGAUAGAGAAGACACCAGCUGAGAUUUUAGAGGAAGGUGAAGUUCACCCAAAGAGUUAUCUUUCAAAGGAUGAGAUCCAUUCUACAGUUAAAAAGCCAAUCAAAGUGAAACUAGACAUUCAGGCUACAGUGGAGACUUUACAUACACAACAAUUCUCAACAAGACCUCAAAGCUCACCAACUCAGAGUGCUAAAUCUCCUAGCAAAGAAAAAAGACCAAAUAAAGACAGAGAUAAGUACAGCAUCUUUGCAAAGGUUUGCACAAAUGAACCACACAACAAACACAGACGGUUAAGUAUCGACAGUGCUAUGCCAGAUAACACAGUAAGCUUCUAUGGUUAUCAUAAGAACAGCACUAACUCUUAUAAUAAGUUCAGACUUUUUGCCCAGCAUAGACAUGACCAAAGUUGUCAAGAAGGAGGUCCUUAUACCCAAAGUAAGCAGAAUGAGAGUAGUGGCUUUUCAGGAAGUACAAAUACUCUUAUGCAGAAUGCCCUAAUUACAUCACCACGUUACAGGUGUCAGCAGUUCACCUAUGACCCUCAUGUGCUGCAAAAUGAACACUUUUGGCCGGGUUUUGUGGACACACACUGCCACCUGGACUUUCUGUUCCGGCGCUGCAACCACGACUCAGGCAGCCAUGCUCGUUUCCGAGCCCAGUGCCAGGGCCAAGAUGCAUACCCAGUUGCCUUCGAGGGCUGUGUUGCAGUCUUCUGCCAGCCUUGGACCUUUGGAAAGACAACAUGGUGGGAGGAGUUUCUUGGAGAGGCAAAUGUCUGGGCAGCAUUUGGCUGCCACCCUCACUAUGCGCGUUUCUUUGGUGAGGAGGAGGAGGACCACCUGAGGCUAGCCCUUCUCAACCCAAAGGUGGUGGCCCUUGGGGAAAUUGGACUGGAUUACUCUAACAGGAAUAAUCAACACCACGAACAGCAGAAGAUGGUGUUUAGGCGGCAGCUGAAUAUUGCGUUGGAGUACAACAAACCACUUGUGAUUCACUGUCGAGAUGCAGAGAGAGAUUGCCUGGCUAUUCUGAAAGAGCUUGUCCCACGUGAUUAUUUAAUCCACCGCCACUGUUUCACGGAAGGUUGGGAAGAGGCACGAGAAUGGCUCAGUGCUUUCAGUAACCUGUACUUGGGUAUAACAGGGUUGGCAACCUUUCCGAAUUCAGAAAGAGCCUGGAAGAUUCAAGACGUUCUUAAGCAGAUUCCAUUGAGUCGGCUCUUGCUGGAGACAGAUGCUCCUUAUUUCAGACCUUAUUGUUAUCAAGAGAGUGGACGUUGGUCGCACCCAGGCAUGGCCAUCCAUGUGGCAGCACAAGUGGCUUCUGUCCGUGGAGAAAGCAUCCAGAAAGUCCUCAAGUAUGCUAGAAACAAUACCAAGAUGGUUUAUGGCAUUUAAGGACAAGUGGGGAAUGAUUCUUUUGUGGCAUUUGUAGCCAGGAAUGUUGGAGAAGAGUGUGAAUGAGAGUGAGUGUGAGGUGUGAGACUGAAAGUGGGAGUGUAAGAUAGAGAGUGUAUGUGAGGUAGAGAGGGAUAGUGAGUGACUGUAAAAUUGAGAGUGAAAGAAUGUUUGAGAGUGAGCAAGUGAGUGUGAGAGUAAAAUUGAGACUGAGUGUGUAAGAGAGUGAGCGAAUUAGAGGUUGAGAGAGUGAGUCUAUGAGACUAAGAGAGUGUGUGAGAUUGAGAGUGAAUAUGUGUGAUUGAGAGUGAAUAGGGGCGUGAGAGAGAGAAAGAGUG